AUGACUGAUCCCUUCCAGUUCCUAUAUGAGUAUUCUCAGAGAGGUGACAUAAUUCUUGGAGACAUCGUGGCUCAGUAUGGAUGUGCUUUUGAUGAAGCCACUUACAAUGAAAACCCUAGAACUAUGGUGGUAGAUGGACUUAUUGUUUCACCAAAGAGCUACCAGCAUGUCCUGUCAUUUGCAUUUGCUGUGAAGGAGAUUAAUGAAAACUCCAAGAUCUUACCCAAUGUCAGCCUGGGAUUCCAGAUCUUUGAUGGCUAUUUCAAUGCCAGGAUGACUCAUCAAAACACCCUGAAGCUUUUGUCUUCCUGGGAAAGAAUUGUCCCCAACUACAACUGCAACAAGACAAAAAAUGUGAUAGCUGUGGUUGGAGGACUGAACUCUGAAAUGGCCUUUCAUAUAACUACUAUUCUAAAUGUCUUCAAGAUCCCACAGAUUGCCUACUGUGUCUUUGCUCCAGUGAGUGAUGUGAAAAUUCAGCUCCCUUCUUUCUAUCGCAUGGUCCCCAAUGAAGAAGUUCAGUACACGGGCAUUGUCCGGCUUCUUUUGCAUUUCCAAUGGACGUGGGUAGGAAUCAUUGUGACAGAUGAUGAUCAAGGUGAAAAAUUUGUGCAUACUUUGACACCUAUGCUUUUCAAACAUGGGAUCUGUGUAGCCCACACUGAAAAGACUCCAUCACUAUAUCAGGCAUUACAUGCAUUCAGGCCGUUACAAUCUACACUCCCUCUUGCCAAUUCCAGUGUCAAACUAUUUGUUGUAAAUGCAGACCUUCAGACCAUAAAUGCUUUGAAAUGGUUGAUAUAUACUAAUGAAAUGUUUGGAGGGAUUACCAACGAUUUCAUGGGGAAAGUAUGGAUUAUGACAGCCCAAUGGGAUUUCUCAUCACAGACAGAGCUCAGGGAAUUUAACACAAACAUCUUCCAUGGUACCUUGUCCUUUACAAUUCACACAAAUCUGGUAUUGGAUUUUACAAAAUUCCUUCAGACGGUACGUCCUGGCUUACAACAAGAAGAUGGUUUUAUCAGGGUCUUCUGGGAACAGGCAUUCAACUGCACAUUGUCUGAUUCAGAGGAAAAGAAGGACAUUAAUAAUGAGGCUUGCACAGGAGAAGAGAGGCUGGGUAGCCUUCCUGGAAUUUUUUUUGAAAUGACCAUGACUGGCCAGAGCUAUAGCAUCUACAAUGCAGUCUACGCCAUAGCACAUGCGUUACAUAAUAUGUACACAUCCAGACUGACAUUUAGAGCAAUGGUGGAGAGAAGUAAAUGGGAUCUUUCAGAUCUACAACCUUGGCAGUUUCACCCUUUCCUGAGAAGCAUCUCAUUCAACAACACUGCUGGAGACCUGGUACUUUUUAAUGAGAAUGGUGAAAUAGCAUCCGGAUUUGAUAUUAUAAACUGGGUUACUUUGCCAAACAAAUCCUUUGUCAGAGUGAAAGUUGGAAGGAUGGAUCCACAGGCCUCACCGGGCAGAGAGUUCACCAUUAAUGAAGAGGCUAUCACAUGGCCUAGUAUGGUGAAACAGGUGCCUCCCCUUGCUGUGUGUAAUGACCACUGUCAUCCUGGUUAUAGCAGAAAGAAGAAGGAAGGGGCACCAUUUUGUUGCUACAGUUGUGCUCUGUGUCCAGAUGAGAAGAUUUCAGAUCGGAAAGAUAUGGAUGACUGUUUUAAAUGCCAACAAGACCAAUAUCCAAACAAGAACCAAGAUAAGUGUAUUUCCAAAGCUCUACAUUACCUCUCCUUCAGAGAAACUUUGGGGAUCAUUUUAGCCUCCUCGGCUCUCUCUUUUUCUCUGAUCACAACUUUGGUCCUAAGAAUUUUUAUCCAGAACCAAAACACUCCAAUUGUCAAAGCCAACAAUCGGAACCUCACCUAUUAUCUUCUUAUAUCACUGCUGCUUUGUUUCCUUUGCUCCUUACUCUUCAUUGGCCAGCCUCAGACAGUGACCUGCUACUUACGGCAAACUGCUUUUGGCAUCAUCUUCUCAGUGGCUAUUUCGUGCAUGCUGGCCAAAACCUUCACCGUGGUUUUGGCUUUUGCAGCUACCAAGCCAGGAACCCAGAUGAGGAAAUGGGUGGGGAAAAGACUCGCAACCUCCAUUCUCAUCUCUUGCUCCCUCAUUCAAGCCAGUAUUUGUGCAGUGUGGCUCUGCACUGCUCCUCCAUUCCCACAUUUUGACAUGGACACUCUAGCUAGAGAAAUCAUAGUGGAAUGCAGCGAAGGAUCUGUCACAAUGUUUUAUUUGGUUCUGGGGUAUCUGGGAUUUCUGGCUAUUGUCAGUUUUACUGUGGCUUUCUUAGCCAGGAAAUUGCCUGACAGUUUCAAUGAAGCCAAACUGAUCACUUUCAGCAUGUUGGUGUUUUGUGGUGUUUGGCUGUCCUUUGUUCCAUCUUAUCUCAGCUCCAAGGGGAAGUAUAUGGUAGCCGUGGAGAUCUUCUCCAUCUUGGCCUCUAGUGCUGGGCUCUUGUUUUGUAUCUACUUCCCUAAAUGCUACAUAAUAUUCCUGCGGCCUGAGUUGAAUAGCAGACAUCAGCUGUUAAGGAAAUGA